CUUAAGAAGGGCUGAGGACGGAGCUGGCAGCCAGAAGGAGACAGCCCGGCCAGCGGCAUUCACUCUCUGGAAGGAGGGAAGGAAGGAAGGAAAACCAGUCCUCGCUGCUGCCCUGCCAUGCUGCUGGCUCUGUGGGUGAUGGAGCCGGCUCCUCUCUUCCUCCUCCUCCUCAGCGUGCUGUGGGGCUGCAGCGGGCGACCCGCUGACAAGCUGUCGGUGAUGCCGCAGGAGCCGGUGGUGCGGUACGGGGGCUCGGUGCAGCUGAACUGCUCCCUGGCCUGCACGGGGGGCACGGUGCAGUGGAAGGGGCUGGACACCAACCCGGGGAUCAUCACCUCCUUCCCCACCCACAGCGUCCUGCACAUCAGCAGCGCCGUGGUCGCCAUGGAGGGCACCAAGAUCUGCCUGGGGACCUGCCACGGGCAGCACUACCAGCACUCUGUCUACCUGUGGGUCUACGCCCUCCCAGACACGCUGCAGCUGGAGGCAGAGCCCCGUGCCCUGGAGCCGGGGCAGCCUACGCGCCUGCGCUGCUCGGCCCGGCGAGUGUACCCGCUCAUAGGGCUGGUGCUCACCUGGUACCGAGGGGACCAAGCGCUGGGAGAGGCAGACUUCGAUGACACGGAGACGGACGAGCAGCUGUUCAACAUUGUGUCCACGCUGCCAGUGGCCGGGGAGGAGGUGGGAGAAGGAGUGGAGUUCAGGUGCGAGGUGACGCUGAGAGUGGGACAGGAGACCUUCACCCGAGUGGCAUCUAUGGUGGCAAGCGCUGGGGGUGGGAUGGAGCAGCCAGUGGCCAUGGCCACCUCCACAGUGGCGGCUACAACAGGGAGCCCCAGCACAGCCGGGCCUGCGACCACCACAGCGCUGUCCCCAGAGCCGAGUGUCCCCACACGCAAUCCCAGCACAGCCCUGACCACCACGCCGCGGGAGCCCGAUGCUGAAACCAUCCUGGAGCUGGCUGCUGCCACUGACCCCCCCUCCACAGAGCGCCCUGCUUUCCGGGACCUCAUCGCAGCCAGUCCCACGGCACAUCUGGCCACCACCAUGCUCCCUGGCCCCGGCACCACGAGACCCCCGGCUGAGGUGCAGGGGAUGCCUGUGGACAGCAUCACCUUGGAAUCUCUCCCAGCGAAGAAUGGGACAGGGCUGUCCGUGGGGACAGUGUCCGACUGCAGCCUGCAGAUCUGGUCGCUGCCUCCCAACGGGACGCGAGGCAGGGCCCUGCGCAUUGUGUGCCACGCGCGGUGCGCUGGGAACACCACCGUGCGCUGGCUGCGGACCCCCGUGGCCCUCUCGCAGUACCGGGAGGAGGUGGCGGGCAGCAGCUCUGCGCUGCAGCUGGACCAUGCCGAGCCCCGGCACCAGGGCCAUUACCAGUGCGUCCUGCUCGGCCACCGCUCCCAGGUGGUCAGUCUGCAGCUGACGGUCUUGGAUGAUUCAUUCAGCGCGGGCCCUGCCAUCGCCAUGGGGACAAUGGUCUCGCUGUUGGGACUGAUCCUGGCCGGCAUAGUGUCACGUUGCCUGUGGAAACGAUUCAGAUCUCAGUACGAGCUGCCGUAGCAGUGGGAGCUGCCUAGAGGUGCCCAGAGCCUUCCGGACCAGUCAUUGUUGUCACCCUUUCUGCUGCUGCCUGGGACAACAAGCAGCUGAUGGAGCCUGACUGAGCUGCCGGGGUGUGGGGUGCUGGGGAGAAGAGCAGCCCCCGCCCCAGGACAAGCGCUCUGGACCCAGAGCCCUCCGAGCUGCCACUGCUUUUCAAAGCUUUGUCUGUGCCCGAGGCCCGGGAGGCUGAGGGGGCUGUGAGGGACAAGGCUGCCCUGCGGCCUCCGAGCGCUGGGAACCGCUCCGCUCCCAGGCGCAUGGCCUGCUGCUCGGCGGGGCCCACGCUCGGUCCUGCGGGGCGGGAGAGGCUCGGGGCCACGGGGACGCCCCGGCAGGGCAGCCUGAGGGGAGAGGAGCAGAGGGGCCCGCGGUGGUGGGGGACCGGGACGCUCCCGGCGCUGGAUCGCGCUGGGUCGGUGCUGAGCACUGGGGUGGGGGAUGGCCCUUGGGGGCUCCUGGUGCCCACACGGAUGGGUGAGAGAGCGAUAGAGGGGGCAGAAGCAGCCCGGGGUGGGGGGGUGGGUACAUCCCCUGGGCGCGGGGGGAGAGCGGGGCCUUGGUGGGCGAGGCGGGAUGGGGCGCUCCAGUAAAGGAUCGUUUCAUUCGAA